UGACACUUUAGGUAUUUUCUGCUGCUCAUCGAUUGUUGCUUAAAUACGCUAACACUGAUCUCCAUCAUCAAAUGGCUUGUCUAGAAAACUUUCGAUUUUAGUUACAUUCAGUUCGGAGAUUGAAAUAUCUAGCACAUCAAACGAUAAAGUAACGUUUUUUUUAACUUUACAUUGCACAGUCACGAGUAUCACGGGAGGAAGUUACACGAAGACAUAUGAAGGGCUUUAUGGUCGUGGCUUUCUCAUUUUAUCUGUGGGCAAGUACAGAUGCAGAUCCAUUUGUAAAAACAACCAAGGCAAGCUGCAUCCCUGCUCAACCAUUCAUCAAUUCCAGUGACAUAUGUUUUCGAUAUUUAUACCCCGAUGGGCACUGUAAACAUAUCUUGGCUAAUACCUCUCUUUUUGCCAAUCCUCGGCAACAGAGAAGUAGCGAGCAUAGUCUAACUCUGUUUGAAAAUGGUCGAAAGAUGUUAGAAGCUUAUAACCUUAAAGUCAGCAAGCCUUGCUUGAGACUGUUCUACAUAGCGUACUGUCCUUGGAAUUUCCCAAAAUGCGAUGUGACUUCUAAUAAGGUGAUGGGGAUACCACUUUGCAAAGAAACCUGCGAAUAUGUCUCUAAAGUUUGCGCCAAGGAGCUGGAAAUGGCCAAAGGCUUUAAUAAACAACAAGCUGGAUCAGGGUAUGCUGUAUACUGGAAAAUCAUCAACUGCACUGAUUUUAAGUACCGUAAUGGUGGAGACAACCCAGAGUGCUUCUAUCCGAGGGAAAUGAACUCUGAAACAGACAAACUUCAAGAUAAGGAAUGUUAUUACGGAAAUGGUCUCGGUUACCGCGGAACAAUUAGUACGACAAAAUCAGGUCACGUGUGUCAGGCGUGGUCAUCACAAUGUCCUCAUCGUCACGAUCAUCCAUUGGCUGAAUAUCCUGAACUGGUUAAUGCUUCCAAUUGGUGCCGCAAUCCAGGAGGCCAGGCACCUAAUGGUCCAUGGUGCUAUACGUCCAGUAGAAGCAAACGAUGGGAGUACUGUGGUGUGAAGAAAUGCAAGCAUUCUCUACUGGUCCUUACAAGAUUUUCAUCGAAUGGAGACCUAUUCCUCUUCCCUUUGUGCAUGGAACUCCUCUGGGUUUUCGAAUUCAAGUGAAUGAUGAAAUUGUGAACACCACCAGCAUGGACACAAAGUACUUUGAAAUAAAGAAUCUUGAACCUUUAACUAACUACAGUGUUUCGGUAUUGGAAUUCAAUAAAAAUGGUGAUGGACCACUCAGUCCGCCAGUCUAUGUAACAACGAUGCCACAAAACUUUGUUGCAGUAAAGUUCACGAUGAUGAUUAAAAAUGAAAUAUAUAGCUCUGAUCUGUCGGAAAGGAGCUCUACUAAAUUCAAAGCGACGGAGAAUAAAGUAAAAUCGAAGCUCAAUGAUUUAUUUCAAAAUGUACAGUCAGAGAGAUAUCGUUUGUAUCAGAUAAAGAUCAUCAAAUUCUUUUGGAGAUGGAUGCGCAAGAAAAAGGAAGAAGAGAAGGAACUUAGAGAAAGAAUUCAAAGACUAAGUGAAAACCCAUAUGAGUCAGCAGUGGACUGGUUUGAUCUACUAAAAAUUAAUGUCAUCAAGCAAUGGUGGGAGAUUCCUCGUGAUGAUUUGACCCUUGAAAAUGUUCUCGGGUCGGGUGCCUUUGGUGUUGUAAAGAAAGGCUAUUUGAAGAAGGGAAUCAAAGGGAAAGRAGAUGAUAUCAUGCAAUGUGCUGUCAAGAUGUUGAAAGAAAAUCCAUCUGAACGUGAGUUACGCGAUUUAUGCAGCGAAAUUAACAUMAUGUCCAAAAUUGGAGAUCAUCCGAACGUCGUGAGCCUUAUUGGUGCGUGCACGAUUAACGGACCACCUUUGCUAGUGGUGAAAUUUGCCCCAAAUGGCUGCCUCCUUGACUACCUCAAAGAAAACCGGCCAUUACCUGAUUAUGAAAACCAAAAGAGAGAUCGUAAAGUAAUCAGCGAAAAGGAGCGACUAAAGUUUGCACACGAGAUCGCUCAAGGGAUGUCACAUCUUGAAAAACAUAGGUAUGUCCACCGUGACUUAGCUGCUCGUAAUAUCUUGCUUGGUAAGGACAUGAAUGCUAUGGUUUCUGACUUUGGCCUAUCACGAGACAUAUAUGAGGUUGGAAUGUAUGAGAAUACAGCAGGGGGCGUUCUUCCUGUAAGAUGGAUGGCUAUCGAAUCUUUGCAAGAUUACACCUAUAAUACUGAGACUGAUGUCUGGUCCUAUGGAGUUUUACUCUGGGAGAUUGAAAAUGGAGGUAUCGUUCCUUACGGAGGGUUGUCCGGAAUUGAGAUUCUCGAGAAGCUAAAAGAAGGCUACCGUUUAGAAAAAUCACCUAACACGUCGCGUGACUUGUAUGCAAUUAUGUGGAAAUGCUGGAAUCCAGAUCCCAAGCAAAGACCGUCAUUUUCUGAUUUGGUGUACCAAACAAGCGGGCUUCUGUCUAUCAGUGGGGGAUAUGACGAAGUUGUCAUGAAAGAAGAUCACGCWUACGACAUGGUAGAGAUAAAAARCAAAAUGAAUGAACCUUUUGACAACGAGGCCAUUGAGCUACGUGAAGUUUAACCGGAAGAAAAUACCAACACGCUCGCGUGACGGAUUUAUUMAACCGAUCAUUAGUGACAUCACUGUCGACGUUUUAUUAUAUUAAUUUAAAGCUAAGCACCGUUACACUAGCAAAGCAGUAGAAUGUUACCAAUAAUCAACUUGRAUGAGAGAGGGACGGAGGUAAUAUUUCGUAUGAAUAUUUCGAAAGUAAAGGUUUGUCCAGGUAGCGUAUURAGCUAGUAAUAACUGGACAGCAUAAAUCGAGGGUGAAUACAGCCACUCAUUGUAUGAUCAUGACUUGCUCGYAUGACGCACACGUGAUACCUAAUUUAUUGCUUAACAGUAGAAAACUGGGACGACAAGCCAACGYAUGCGUGAUUUUUAGAAAAAGAUAAACUAGUCUUGGUUUAACUUACUUGAAUAUUAUAUUUAAUCACAAUUAAUCUCAUUUSAUUGCAGUGUUUGAAGUAAGACAACAAUCAUAAAUUAUGAUAGUUAAGGUUUCAUGUGAACUGCACUGAAUGCAACAAUUUUAA